UUUCCUGUUUCAGUUUGACAGCUGUAAAGUGUAUUUCACAAACUACAGCUUCCGUGCCUUCGCUUGUGGGCUUUUAUUCUUUGAAGAAUGAGGAGCGCGGUGCGGAUGUUACUUUGGGCCUGGAUUAUCCUGGACUCAGCGGAUUUUUCAAUCUCACUGCCAGAAAUCACAGAUGGGGAGUUCAUUGAUGAAUGUGUGAAGGAACACAACAUGGCGCGGUCGUCCGUCAAUCCACCUGCAAGUGACAUGCUGUACAUGACAUGGGACGAGGGCUUGGCCAUUACUGCAAGAGCGUGGGCAAGGCACUGUGUGUUUGAACACAACACCUACCUCAAAGAUGUCCGCCGCGUGCACCCUACCUUCUCCUCUGUGGGAGAAAACAUAUGGGUAGGACACCCACCGUCACUUUUCAAUGUGUUGGGGGCCAUAAAACUUUGGGUGGAUGAAAAACAAGACUACAACUACAACACCAAUGACUGCAGAAAAGUCUGUGGCCACUACACUCAGGUUGUCUGGGCAAACAGCUACAAGGUCGGUUGUGCCGCCCAGCUGUGCCCCAAAGGUGUCAAAAAAACAAACUUCGGUUCCAGAGAGAGUGUCAUUUUUGUAUGCAACUAUGCUACAGCGGGUAAUGUGAACGGAAGGCAACCAUAUAAUAAUGGAGGGGCAGGCUGCUCUGGAUGUGAAGGCACCUGUGAGAAUAAUCUAUGCCGUAGCCAAGAACGAGAUUCACCCAAAAGUUACAACUGGACUCCAGACUGGGACCCUGCACCGGCUACCUCUGGCUCGGCUACCCCUGGCUCCAAAUAUGAGACUAUUCUGGUUGCCCGACCCAUUGCCCUCAUCUUCACCUUCAUCGCGGCGUAUGCAGUCCGCCACUUUUAUCCUGAUAUCUUCUGCUAUGAAUAGACCACCUGAGGGGACCCGAAGGACAUGGAUUUAUUCCGCCAGUGCCAAGUCCCAUCAGAGCUGUACAUAAACGAUCAAAAAGUGCAUACGAUUUACGCACUAGCUUCUUCGUAGCAAGCCGCUAGCCACAGAUUUAAGCCAUCCAACAGGACAUUAGCAACCCAAUGAACCUCGGGUUCGGGAGGGAAAACUAAAGUGAACACUGAGCUCCUUAUUUUACUGCAGCGGUGUGCAGCUACAGUUACAUUAGGUUUAAGCUGCACUAAUCAGUUUGUUCAUGCAAGCAAAAUAAGACAUAUGAUUUCCUCAAAUCUACAUUGCGUUUUCACAUUCGGUUCACUCUCGCUGCUCUUCACCAAUCCUGUUCACAGACAGCAACUCUGCACCACCUGCACAGCAGACGGAGCGA